ACCAGGAGGCUGAGCCGCUAGGAUGAAGCUCGUGAGAUUUUUGAUGAAACUGAGUCAUGAAACUGUAACCAUUGAAUUGAAGAAUGGAACACAAGUCCAUGGAACAAUCACAGGUGUAGAUGUCAGCAUCAAUACACAUCUUAAAGCUGUGAAAAUGACCCUGAAGAACAGAGAACCUGUACAGUUGGAAACCUUGAGCAUUCGAGGAAAUAACAUUCCGUACUUUAUUCUACCAGACAGCUCACCUCUAGACACAUUACUUGUGAAUGUGGAACCUAAGGUGAAGUCUAAGAAAAGGGAAGCUGUUGCAGGAAGGGGUCGAGGCCGAGGUAGAGGAAGAGGACGUGGUCGCGGCAGAGGAAGAGAGGGUCCCAGGCGAUAAUGUCUUUCGAGAUUACUGUUUCAAAGUGAUAAGGAAUUGGGGGAUAGUUUUUGUACAGGUUUUGUUUGUUUGUCAAUUUUUAAUAAACGUUAAGUGUGGGGAUGGA